UAAAUCCCUUUUAAAACUCCUACCACACUGCAGCGCCAGCCAAAGGAAGCGGCUCGACUUUAGAGGAAGCUCCAAACAUUUGAAGGCUGGAGCGUGUGUGCGGGACCUGACGUGACGCGGUAGUGGGACUGGCUUUUCUCCGCUCUGCCUGCAUUCAUAAACGGAUAUGAUAAACCAGCUCUGAAUGCACCGGAGCAACGACAAAAGUCAGCUCUGGCCAUGGCGGAAGAGGACGACGCUAAGAUUCGGAUUUUACAGAGCCUGCGGGGUAAAAUAUGUGAAGCUAAGAACCUGGGUUCUGUCUCAGGUCCAAACCGACAAAGGGAUCUUUGUACCUUUUGCACCAUAAGUCUGGAUCAAGAAGAGGUGUUCCGCACCAAGGUGUUUGACAAGAGUGUCAGCCCUUUCUAUGGCGAGGACUUCUACUUUGAGAUCCCACGCCCAUUUCAGUGUUUAUCCUUCUAUGUUUAUGCCAAGAGUGUUUUCCAAAGGGACCUACCUGUUGGCAAGGUGUCAAUCCGGAAGGAUGACCUAUGUAAAUACAAUGGGAGGGAGCACUGGUUUAGCCUUCAAACAGUAGAUCCUAACUCAGAAGUCCAGGGUAAGGUUCACUUGGAGAUGCGAUUGAGUGAAGUGAUCACAGAGAACGGACCAAUAGGCCAACACUUAUCAGUUCGGAUAAUUGAGUGCAAUGAACUACCUUUGAUCAGUGGGCAGAACUGUGACCCCUAUGCCACCGUGUCACUUGUCGGACCUGCCAGGUCUGAUCAAAAGAAAACAAAGGUAAAGAAGAAAACCAGCAACCCUCAUUUUGAAGAGACCUUCUUCUUUGAGGUCACACGAUCCAGCAGCUACUCUAAAAAGUCUCAUUUUCAAGUGGAGGAGGAGGACAUUGAAAAACUUGAGAUCAAAGUUGAUGUGUGGAACAAUGAGAAUCUGGCUCAGGAUGUUUUUCUGGGUGAAACACGGGUCCCUGUCAAGAUCCUACGAAAUGACCACAUUCACAAAGCCUGGUAUCUCCUCCAGCCCAAAGGGAACGGCAGCAAGUCCAAGUCUGAUGAUUUAGGAUCCUUGCGUUUGAAGCUGACUUACAUAGAAGACACAGUGCUGCCAUCUGCCUGCUACAUGCCACUCUGCAACCUGCUGCUCAAAUCCCCAGAUGUGAAGCCCAUCUCAGCAUCAGCAGCACACAUCCUGGGGGACAUUUGCAGAGAGCGAUAUGAGGCCGUUCUACCCAUGGUCCGACUGCUGCUCCACAACAAUCGCUUUGUGCCUUUUGUCUCUGCUGUGGCAGUGCUGGAGCUGGACAACACUCAGGAGGCUAACACUAUAUUCCGUGGCAACUCACUGGCGACCCGCUGCAUCGAUGACAUGAUGAAGAUUGUAGGAAAGAAUUACCUAUCUGUUACCUUGAAGCCUGUAAUAGAUGAGAUUUGUGAAUCUAACAAAACCUGUGAGAUAGAUCCUAUUAAACUAAAGGAAGGUGACAAUGUAGAAGUUAACAAGGAAAACCUACAGGGUUAUGUUCAGAAAGUCUUCUCCUCCAUCACCCAGUCAAGUUCUAACUGCCCCCCACUAAUGUGUGACGUCUUCAGGUCUCUGAGGCACUUGGCCUGUAAACGUUUCCCAGGUGACCCACACGUUCAGUACUCGGCUGUUAGCAGCUUUGUGUUCCUGCGCUUUUUUGCUGUUGCUGUUCUUUCUCCACACUCCUUCCAACUGCGUUCCCAUCAUCCUGAACCUGAGAUUUCCCGCACGCUCACACUCAUCUCAAAAACCAUUCAGACUCUCGGCAGCUGGGGUAGCUUGUCAAAAAAGCUGUCCAGUUUUAAAGAAACCUAUAUGUAUGACUUCUUCAAAUCAUUCCAGGAAGAGAAGUGUAUUGAAAAAGUUAAAAAGUUUCUUGAUGAAAUCUCCUCCAACGUCAGCAAGGAGUCCAGUGGACUGGAAGAUGCUGUGGUUCUCAAGGAGGGGGAAGUACAGAAACGUGCUCAGGGGAAAAAACACCUUGUUGGAUUGAGACAUUUUCAGAAGCGAUGGCUCAGACUGACCAACAGGGAGCUCUCCUACCACAAACAUAAAGGGAAAGAGGCCCUCUGCACCAUCAAUGUCAAAAACAUCCGGGCGGUGGAGAAACUGGAUGAAAGUGCCUUUAACCGCAAAAAUAUGUUUCAGGUGGUCCACUCUGAGAAGCUUCUCUAUGUCCAGGCUGGAAACUGCGUGGAAGCCAGCGAGUGGUUGGAGGUCCUCAGCCAGGUCAGUCGUUGCAACGAGGGACGCCUAGCCACUUUCCACUCAUCAAGCUACACCAGUGGGGCCUGGCAGUGCUGCAAAAACCAGAGUAACAACGCUCCAGGCUGCAAGCCCUGCACAACCACCAUGUUGGCCAACCUGCAGCUGGAUAUAGACUGUGACCGAGAAGCGGAGAGAAUUUUCUCACUCCUCUCAUCAAAUGAUACAAAGCUCCAGAGCAUGGAGGAUGCAUGUGCCAGUCUGGCGGUGUACCAGGGCCCUCAGCGGGAGCCGGAGGAAUACUCGAAGUUUACCAUUCAGGAACCCAAAGAGACCUUUCAGACACUGAAACAGCUCCGAAACAUCAUGGAGGAGCUGCAGAGGCAGCACAAUAUCAGGAAUGACACCACAGCGCAGUACGGCAGCCUUGACAACCCCAUAGUGGGAAAAACCUCUUAACCUGGCUGAGGACGUGUGGCCUAAAACAGCCACGCCUGCAGCACCACAACAAAGCGCCUACGUUGUCCAUAAGAAGCCCGGAGUCGUGCUAGUGAGAAAAGGUGCGACCAGGUGAACGAUACACCCUGACCUCCACAUGCCAUGAGUCCACUACAGCAGUGACAGCCCGAGAAUGGGAACCAGAACAAGCUUGUGAGCUUUACCAGGAUCGCUCCUUCAUCCUCGAAGAGAAUGAACCCUUAGGUGUUUGUUUUUGUUUGUUUGGCCUUUGUGGGUUUUUUUUUUAUAUGUUUGUUUUGGGGUUUUUGGGCAGUAUGUCGCCUCAUCUCCUCCCCCCCUCCUCUGCAGUGAAGGUCACUUAUAACGAGAUUUUCUCCGUGUCUUAACUUAUGCCCCCUUUUACGUCUACAGCGUGUGUGAAAACAGGCAUCAUUAGAUGGUGUGUGAAUAGGCUGCUAAUUGUUUGGGUUUUUUUUAUUCACCGAAUUGAUGCUCUCAUCAUGUGUUAACAUCAGUCUUUACAGUUGAUUACUAAUCAUCAGUCUGGAGGCCCCCUUGUAAACUUCAAUCUUUCUCCAACUCUUUCAGUGUCCUCCUCCUGAACAAAUGUAAAUGUAUAUUUUCAAAGAACAUUGAAACCGAUCUGCCUUACUUUGAUGGAUGUUUCUUUCACAUCGAAUGCUGAGGGAAUAAUGCAGAAGCACUUUAAAUAUUUGGAGCACUCCAGAUAGAAAUGAUUGGAUACUUGGUAUCAGCUUUCCCCAUUUUGAUCAGUUACAUGAUCCUUUGUUUCAUUCCUGUAUAAUAACAUUUAUAGCUUGUAGAUUUUAAGAUAUUUUUCUUGACCAAAGACAAUUUCAUAGGUUUGAACCUGAACUUGAAGAAAAUUAAUUUAUUUUGAAUACAAAUAGUUUAAAAAAAAUGGUGGUGAGAUAAAUAAAUAUAUAUAUAUAUCUGUUUGGUUUAUGUGUACGUUUUUGCUAACAUAUCCUUUUCUUUCUAGUGGCUUAAGGCAAGCAGUUUGCAUGCAUUCAGUUUUGAAUCCCGAUAGCACGACUGUAGUGAAGAGUUGUAUUUCCCUGUGAUUGUGAAUCGUAUCGGUACGGUGUGCAUCAGAUCUGUGCUGUCGUGUUGAGAGCCUUGAAACGUAACUAAUAGUGGCUUAUGUAAGAAAUGAUGUUCAACCUGCAGAGAGGAACCGAUCAGAAUAACAAAAUCACCCCUGUCAUUUAUGCUUUAGUCUAGACAGUCUCAGUCACUGCACACAUUCUGUCCUCUUUCUUCAAUUCGCAGCUCCUGCUGUUCUAUUUUAUGGUUUUAGGGAAUUUGCUUGAAAUGUGGCACCUUGAGUCUUUUCCACAGCACUCUGCUCCCACCAGCAGUAGAUAAAAGUCUGUGUAGUAAGGGGGGGAAAAAAAUGAUAAUGUUAAUACAAACUGUCAGACUCUUAAAGUUACUCAUAAUCUAACAGUCAUAUCUUGCAGGAGCAGGGUUGUGUCAUAUGAACAAAGCAAUAGGAAAAUAAUCAAGAUGGAUUAUAAAAAACGUAAAAGAGGUUUAUCAAAUUUACUUUGUGCCGUUUGCUCGAUUUCAUUUUAACCAAUUCAUUGUUUGAAAUUGAAAUGAACCAACCAGCAAAUUUCCCCCCAGUUAGGCCGAUUAUUUUUCUGUCAGUCGAUUGUGAACAAUCAGUUUGAUUCAGUCUUGAUUUUUGGCUUUGUUUGUUCCUAUCAUUUUUAGUCUGUUUCCCAUUUGAACAAUGAAGUGUUGAAAAGAGACAAAUAAGACUUGAAAUUAUGAAAUUAUUGAAGUGGACCCAUUAUGUUUUUUUUCAUAUGCUUGCAGGUACAGUUCCAGUUAAAGGUUUGGACACAGUCACCCACUGAUAUGAAUGGGUGAGAGUGUCCAAACCUAUGACUGGUACUGCGUAAUGAUGGAUGCACAUAUAAACAAGCGUAUGUAGAGUUCAAAGUUCAGGUUUCACACACACCCUUGUUUUUAGAUUUUUUUUUUUUUCUACUCUUGCAUUGUAACGAUGUCAAAGAGGUGAUAUCCCUAAUAUGGUUAUCUCAGAGUCACCCACCUGUUUGGGCAGCCAGUCAGACUUGCAGGAAGGAUGGCUUAAAGCCUUGAAGAGACUGACGCUAAAGCAGAUUAUUUCAGAUAGAGGAUCGACUUGGAAGCUGCGCUGUAGCCCAGUAUAAGAUAAUUAAGGAUAAAGAUACCACCCAUCCACCCCCACCCCCCUCAAAAUACAAGCAUGGAGCAGGGAAUGAGCAUAAUGGGUCCCCUUUGAACAUCAAAAGUUUGAACAUUGAAUGCUGAUAAUACAGGGUAAACUGUCUUUUUUAUUUAUUUUUUUUUUGUCUUUGAUUUGUUUUCAUGAAUUUUGUCUUUGGUCCAUCAUAUGUUUCUAACUUGCAUGUCUUGCAUAUUUAACAAUAUAUUUUUCUAUGAAAAUGUUUUUUUGUUUUGUUUUGUUUUGUUUUAACACUGAUUUUAAUGUAUUGCUCAACCGGUACUUUUGUUCUCAGCCUGCAGACCUCGUGCAGGCCAGAUGCUUUUUGUUUUUUGUUUUAUUUUUUUGUCCCCGUGCACAGUCCUUACUCACUGUACGCAGCCACAGCUCCUUCAAAACUCUGUCUCGUUGAAGGUUAACAGUGUUACUGCGGAGAAUGUCAUGCGUUCACGUGCAGGUCUAAUCAGAGCCAAAAUAAAACUGUAAAAUGAUUUAAUGUUGAUUGGUGGAUGAACUCUGCUUGUGAUUUAUUUUAUUUUUUGGUUGAGUGAAGCUGAAAUAAAAAAAAAAAAAUAAAAAAAACACAAGUUUGUGGACCAAACCUCAACAUCUGGAUCUGAAUCAGAAAGAUGGCGUAGAGUAAAAUGCUGUUAUAUUGCACAUGCUUGCAUGCCAGCUCCAUUGCUCGUUUUAAUAAGGCCAGUAAACUACAGGGUGGUGUAUGUGUGCUUAUUGUCAUAAAACAUGAAUGUUUUGGGGUUUUUAAUUUCCUGUCAGGUAGUCACUACGGGAAUUUUCUCCAUUUGUUUGUUAUCAGCCUAUAUGCGGAAAUAUGUGCAGCCUUAUUGACUGUCCUGCUGGACUGCAGCCAGUUUCAUUUCAUAAGAUUACCAAACUGAAAGGGAAAUGGUCAUACGUACUUUGAACCCUCAGAUGAACAGAGGGGAAUUAAGGUAUUAGCCAGCAUGCAGCUCUAAUAUGGUUUCCGAGCACUUUGUACUGAUUACUGAAGUGAGUGAGAAGGACCAAAAUCUGAUAUCGCUGCAGUUUGUUUCAGAUACAGGCCUACACCUGCCAAACACUUUUUUUUUCCUGCCAAUCAGCUUGUUCUGUGUCAAUGCAGAGUGUGAGUGCAGAUGACCGUCUGAAGGGUUUUUUUUUAAUCAAACAGGCCUCUUCCUGUCUGGUAACCGGUGAGCAGUUGGAGGUUAUCGUCAGUUCUCCAGCUCAUUUCUUCUGAAUGUCUGUUCUUUUUAUACACAUUAAACAUUUUAUUUUUCCAUAAA